GUUUCCGGCGCCUGCUCUUCGCUUUCGCUUGUCCGCCCAGCCCGUCCAGCUCAAGGAAUGCAGAGCCUACUGCACGAUUAGAUGGAUAUGCGCCACAAGACGCCCGUCCGACCGUCAUAUCGAGCUUUGGAUUUCCUUCACCCGCAGGUCUCACCCGCUACCUCCAUCGUGUCAUGAAAAGGUGCCUGCGCCCAACUCGUCUGCCGUGCCUGGACCAGGGGUCUCACGUGGUCCACGCCUCUCCCUCGAUACUUCGUCGUCGCUCACUUCACGUCUCGCUUCGCACAGGGGUCUCAGGCCAGGGACCCUUCCCCGAAAGGCGACAAUGGAGUCCCCACUUCUCCGCGGUGGCCGGUCCUCCGAUUGAUCGCCGGGUACUUCAAGACAACGUUAGGAAGAGGUCUCCGGUUCCUGAAUCACAAAAGAACCACCCGGAGGCCUGGGUCUCAUUAUUGGAACAGUACCUGCCACGAACGCUGCGACGCGACGUUUCCGAUCCGGUGCCGGACCCGGCAUCCCCACAAGAUGCACGAUAUCUUGUGGAGACCAUCGAGCUGGCCACCUUGCUGAUGCAUGCGCGAGGAUGGGGUCAGAUAGAUCUUCUGGUCCAUCUCGGGUUUCGGUUGAACAAUUGGCCCGCGGUACAUUUCCUGAUGAACCGGUUGCUUGAUGGCGCGGAUUCGCUCAAGGAGGUCACAUUACCCCUGCGGCCAUUGUCCAACUUUGACUGGUCCCUGGGAUCUGGGCUUUCUCUUGAUGAUCUCACCUAUUGGCCCGUCAAUGAGGUCCUACGACCCUCACAAGUUUCCAGCGUGCCACAAACAUCGGAUAUGACGAGCUUGGAUGCCUUUACGGAGCGGCCAUUCGCCCAGGAUCACUCGAAGCGCUUUAUGGCCGAAGUGUGGCAGAGCUUAGGGGCCAUUGUACUGGAGGCUGCGGAUGCCUCGCCAAACGAGUCGAACUUAGCAAUGUCUUGCGUAUUUCGGAACCUUGCUCGUUUACACCACUCCGGUGCUGUAUCGGAUAGGGUGUAUAAGUACGUUCCUCCGGCCAGGUAUCAGGCCAACUUUCGACCGCCAGGAAUACAUCUGCUUUCCGGCCAUAUCAUGAAUGUUCUGUCAGAUGCCGCGUGGCUGGUGCACCAAUCAGAGGUCGCAGCCCAAGCAAAGUCUGCAGGCGUGGAUUCACCAUACCUCCCCUUCAAGAUGGGUGUUCGAGAACUUGGGCCCGAGAUCUGGUUGGAGUUGAUUCUUUGGUGCUGUGUGGAACAUGGCCAUGUCAAUGAGGGAGCAUGGUUAGUUGGCCAGAUGGAAACUCGGACCGGUGAUCAAGCUUGGAAAUUCCAGAGCUGGAGACCCAUUCUCGAUGACACCAGGUCAGUAUGGAAAACCAAAAUCGAACAUGAAGAAGUCUGGAGGCAGCAUGAAGAUUUUGAGCGCCCUUCACUACUGCCAAAGCGUCUUAAUCCUGCGCCCUUCCACGGAUUGGGGGAACGAACCAUCAGCUUAGAAGUGGCGUCGGCAUUACUGGAUAACCUUCCCAAUCAUGUGUAUCUAGGCCUUGGGUUCCGUGGUACCUCACCAAGAGCGCUUCUGCGCCAUGCGUCUUGCCUCAAACAGGCCAUGUCUCCAUCAACAGCCGGUGGAAGCCUGCUACGGACUCAUAGAGCGUCGAAUUGGUUCACCGUGCGGGUUGUGGAAUCAGGCGGUCUGGAUCCGGUGGCUGACCCCGGCAUGUUUGACGAUUUCCUUCGAGGCACGUCGUGCGUUGUCCCGCCUUGGGAUGCAGAUCAGCCCCAAGUCGAUGAGGACGGCCUGGCACGGUUGAGCCCGGCACGGCUCUACGAUGAGACCUCUGCCUUGGUUGGCCUGAUCGAGUACAAUGUCAGGUUUUUUUCGUCGCGACGCCUCUGCGGUGACGCUGUGAACGCAUUUGUUUGGCUCCAAUCCAUCGUCGACACCGGCAAAAUGAACAACAUCAACGCGUUCUUCUCAUCGCAGGUAGAGCGGCCUGACAUCCCCAUCCCUACCUUCAAUCCGCGCAACUUGGCUGCCUUAAAACCACUUGAAACAUCCAUGCCGCAACUGUCCGUCAUCACCCUGGCCGAACUGCUCGACCUGAUCUCCACAUCGCGAGCGUUUGUGUUUGGUGACUGGCUCUUGUUCUCGAUUGACGCUGAUGGACCUUCGGUUCCACCCAGCGCAUACGGCAAUCAAGCCCUCGCUCCGUCCAUCAUCCGCUAUGCCGCCGCGACCAAAGAUACACAACUCUACGACGCAGUCGUCCGCUCACUUUCUCAACCUAUCUCGUUAAACACCCACCGAGCUCUCCUCAACUACCGCAUUGUAAUGCACGAGUGGGACCAUGUAACCAUGAUGCUCGAGUUUAUCCGGGACUACCGCGCCAAAUCCUGGGGCCACAGCAACAUCACCGCACUGGCCGCUGAGAUCAUCCGUAUGGACCACGCCAUCAAUCAACAGACUGACCCCUCAACAGUUCCGGAAAAGGAUAUUCUAUCGUUCAUCCAAGCAAAAAAUCUCCUCCGCCGUUUCCUGGCUGGCGAAUACAACGAACACGAGUGGCUCGCAAACGCCCAUUAUCAGGAACGCACCCUCGCCGGCUUCCACCGCAUAUUCCUCUCUAUCCCCGGUGCCCUCCAAGGCAUUGCUCAAUCUGUCAACCUUCAGUGCAAAGCCCACCGUCGAAGCAAGUCCCCCUAUAUCCCGGCAACCGCUUUCCACGCCCUCCUCUCCGCCGUCGUCGAUACGCAAGGCAGCGCCGCAGGCACACGCCUCUGGGUCGACCUGUGUCUUGACAUGAAGUCUCCAGCCACUCUUCGUCUCCAAGAAGGCGGUAUCGUGCGCAUGUUUCUGAGGGAGGAACGGAAUCUAUUGAGGGGCGACCCGCACUUCGACGCCGCAUACUUCAAGCAAAUACAGAAGAAAAGCACCAUUGCUAACCCCAAUACCGUCCGGAUCAUUGCUCGGGCGGCGGUAAAAGAAUACGAGGAGGAGAAUGAGCGAUUCAAGUUCGAUGCCGCCUUCGUCCGCGGCCCUGCGCUGCAAGUCCUCAUAUUCUGCAUCUGGAGAUUCAGGUGCUUUAAUAUGCGUCAGCGAGAAAUCAACCGAGAAGUCGGAGGUCUCCUCUAUAAGACGAUACAUUUUCAAAGUAAGAUGAGGAAGAUAUUCAAGAGAUUGGCGAGGUGGAGAACCUUCAGACCUAUCUUUGCGCCACAAAGGCCUAGAACAUCUCGACUGCGCAAUAUCAGCAGAAGGCCCGUCAGAAGGGCCAUCAUGAGAAGGCCCGUCAUGAGAAGAGCCAUGUGGAUACCCCGAAGGAGCGCCACAAAAAUCGACAGUGCGCUGCCUCCCCCGGCUUCUUCCCCGGCUUCUCCCCCUGAGUCCCUGAACCAUCUGCUCCGGGGGCGGUUCACUAAAGUGCGAUACUCAGUAUCCGGCGAAUGAUUUUUGCUGUCUGCCCUGCACCCCCCUUCAUUCCCCAUGAUUCCCCGCGCAUGCUGGUUCCUUAGUGCUGGUUCCGUGGACGCUGGUGCUUGUAUAUAUCUAUAUAUGUAACUAUAUUAGAC